AGUCAUCAUCUCCCAUCCUAACCCGAUCUCCGUCACCGCCACGCUCCUCCCCCCACAUCUCGGUUCGGCUUCGUCGGCUCGUCGCCUGCAACGCCCACCGGCCUCGCCGGCGCCGUGUCCCAGCCGGAAGCGAGAGGAAGGAGAGAAGCGGCGGGAAGCGGCUGUCCGGUCUGCACCCGCCUCCCGUCGCCACCGCACGCCAGUCGCCGCCGCCGGCGAGAAGAGCCCCCGCGAUCCCGGAGAUGCCGCCUCUCACGGCCCCCAAGUCCGGCGACGCCCUCUUCGCCAGCGUCGAUCGCGUCAAUGCGGAGCUGUUCACGCUCACGUACGGUGCCAUGGUGCGGCAGCUGCUGACGGAUCUGGAGGAGGUCGAGGAGGUCAACAAGCAGCUCGAUCAGAUGGGUUACAACAUUGGAACACGAUUGGUUGAUGAGUUCUUAGCAAAGUCAAAUGUAUCAAGGUGUGUUGACUUCAAGGAGACGGCUGAUGUUAUCGCAAAGCUUGGAUUCAAAAUGUUCUUGGGUGUGACUGCAACUGUAACCAAUUGGGAUGCUGAGGGUACAACUUGCAGCUUUGUGUUGGAGGACAAUCCUCUUGUAGAUUUUGUUGAGCUCCCUGACACUUGCCAAGGGCUUCAGUAUUGCAAUGUGUUAAGUGGAGUUAUUAGGGGAGCAUUGGAAAUGGUGUCUAUGAAAACAGAGGUGACAUGGGUCCGUGACAUGCUUCGUGGGGAUGAUGCCUAUGAGAUGCGGGUGAAACUUAUCAAGCAAGUUCCGGAGGAAUACCCCUACAAGGAUGAUGACUAGUUUGAUUUCAGCAGGGUUCGCCCGUUUGCUUGUUUGGAUUCUUGUUUUCCUGUCCUUUGUGGCCCUAGUUCUGGUAUUACAUGAUGUCACAUGAGGAAGCCGUGAAUUACAUUUAUAUUUGGUGUGUGUAUUGCUGAUGUACUGUAGAGAUCUCAGAUGCGACCUUCAUGCUUUGAGCUUCGAAUUAGUUUGGUAAAUUUCGUGGGAGCAUUUGUGAUGUUCAUAUAAUUCCAGCUGUGUGAUCCAGAAAUAAAGUAUUCUCGGCCUGAUUAACUGUCA